CUUGUUCACUGAAAUGCAUGCUCUUGCUGCCUCCUCUCCGCAAUUGCAAGCUGUAUCGAAGUUGGCAAUUUUUGAUCGCACGCUUUUGAAUGAGGAGGGAAGCGCAGGCGGAUUCAGUCUAUCCAACAAAUAACGAUUAAUUUAAGGACUUUGCGUUGAGUUGAUGCACCAGUUACAAGUGUUUAACCCUCAACAUGAGGACCUUGGAGUGACUUUUGGAUAUUGAUAAAAAAAAAAAAAGCUGCCUUGCUGUUGAGAUUUCUACAUCUAUUUCUCGAUCCCGGUGAAGCAAUAUUGGCGCAUUUACGCACGGAGAGCGCAAUGGCACAUAUUCUGGAGAGAGGUGCACCCGUUCUGCUUUUGCUCUGCAGCUACUGCGUCCUGGCAGAUGCAACUUUUGCGAACUUUACUUUGGAUAACGAGUUUCACUCUAGUUUUAUCCACCGCCGGCUGAAGAGUCAGGAGCGCAAGGAGAUGCAGCGGGAGAUCCUGUCGAUCUUGGGGCUGCCGCACCGGCCGCGUCCUCACCUCUACGGGAAACAUAACGCUGCCCCGAUGUUCAUGCUGGACCUGUACAACGCCAUGUCCACGGAUGGGGAAGAGACUAGAUACUCUUACCCUUACAAACCCAUCUUCACCACUCAGGGCCCGCCGAUAGCCAGUCUGCAAGACAACAACUUCUUGAAUGACGCUGACAUGGUCAUGAGCUUUGUGAAUUUAGUGGAGCACGAUAAGGAAUUCCUUCCAGUGCGGCGGCAUCAUCGAGAGUUCAGAUUCGAUCUGUCACGUAUCCCAGAAGGUGAAGCCGUCACCGCUGCUGAGUUUCGUAUUUACAAAGACUUCAUCCAUGAAAGUUAUGAUAAUGAGACCUUCAAGAUCAGCGUCUACCAGGUGUUAGAGGAACAUUCGGACAGGGAAUCAGAUCUCUUUCUUCUGGACUCAAGGGUGAUCUGGGCAGCAGAAGAGGGCUGGUUGGUGUUUGACAUUACGGCAACUAGUAACCACUGGGUUCUGAACCCUGGCAGAAACCUCGGUCUGCAGCUGGCCUUAGAGACCUCAAAGGGAGAGAGUAUUAAUCCUCGUUUGGGUGGGCUGAUUGGUCGCACUGGACCUCAGAACAAACAGCCCUUCAUGGUGGCCUUCUUCAAAGCGACGGAAGUGCACUUUCGAAGCAUCCGUUCAGCUUCAGGAGGGGGCAAACAACGCAACCCCAACAGAUCCAAAGGCUCCAGGAACCAAGAAGCACUUAGAGUUGCCAAUGUUGCAGAAAAUAGCAGCACUGAUCAGAAGCAGGCGUGCAAGAAGCAUGAGCUCUACGUCAGUUUCCGUGACCUAGGAUGGCAGGACUGGAUCAUUGCUCCUGAAGGAUAUGCUGCAUAUUACUGUGAAGGAGAGUGUGCCUUCCCACUCAACUCCUAUAUGAAUGCCACAAACCAUGCUAUUGUGCAAACACUUGUUCAUUUUGUUAAUCCUGAAUCGGUUCCCAAACCCUGCUGCGCACCGACACAGCUCCACGCCAUCUCUGUGCUCUACUUUGAUGACAGCUCAAAUGUGAUCCUCAAGAAGUAUCGCAGCAUGGUAGUGAGAGCUUGCGGCUGCCUCUGAGCCAUCAGCCUCUUCACAGGGAAGCCCACAUACGCACACAAUGACAGAAUGGACGGUAAACUCGAUUAAAAUGCUGUAGAUGGAUAAGAGAGAAAAGUCUGCAUUUAAUCAUGACAUAUCAUUGUAAGGACAAACCAGAUUUUUAGCCCGUUUAAAGGUACAGCUCAUCUGUAUUUUUGUUUUAAAGAAAUAAAUUUUUAGCCGCAAAUGUGAAACCCAUUUAUAAAAAAACAAAAUGGGGCCAAAUACUUGUAAGCUAUUUGCAAAUUUGAAAAGAACAAAAACCUAAAUAUGAUUAAGGAUGUUUAUUCAACUUUUUCAUUUAACAGAGAAAAGGGAAUUAAUAAUAAACAAAACUUGAAAAAAAAAGAAUGACAAAUAUUCCUAUUCAUAAUGUCCAAUUUGUUGAGCGGAUUUCAGAAUAAAUGCAUUUACUAAUGAAAAUCCAAGUUAUUCCACCAAUUAAUGUUCAACCCUUUUGUAAAGAUAGAGAUCCUUCCUACUCUUACUAUAGCAUCCUUUUUCAUCAUAUAAUUUUCCCUUUUUAUUUAGGAUUAUAUUAAGAUUAAGAUUUGGAUCAUUAGCUUGCUGUGUGAUGGAAAUGAGAUUCCGCCGCUCCUACCGAAGAUUUGGUGACUAACCAAAGUUUCACUUUGCACUGAUGAACUAAAUGUAGAGAUACAAUCACCUUUACCACAACAUCUCUCCCUCCCUCUGUCUCUGAUUUUGUUGCGUGUCGUUUUCUGUAAUUUUCUUUUUUCAGAGUUUCUGAAUAUUUCCAUUCUGCAAAACUACUACCAUUUCCUUUCCCACUGAGGUUGGAUGAUUCAUCCCUGAGAAUUGUUGUCAGAUUAUCAUACGUGAUCAAUGACAGCUGCUUAAGCCUGAACCUCUUCAAGACUUAAGUGGUAUGAUAAUCAUGAGUAAAAGGACCGUGUUUUAAAAGUAUUUGCACAAAUCAUUUUAAAUAAAAGUAUAAUAUGAUCUAAUUACUUAUACUUAUAAGAGGAAAAGCAAGUAUUCCUGCUGCUGUAAAAGGAUGUAACAUGCUGAUCAUUAUAGUUAUGUAAUCUCUAACAUCUAAUGUACAUAGCUGGGCAAAAUUUAAGAUAAGUUUGUUACGAUGAAAAAUACCUUCAUUUUCCCACAGAGGAAAUAUAAAGAAAACACUUAAGUGCUUAUUAUAUGAAAUAUUUUGUUUUUUGUUUUUUUUUGUCUUUUUGCUCUUAAGACAGUAAAUAUGAGUGUUAGACGGAGCUCCUCUAGUUUCAACAAUAUGACUGUGUUUUGUUUUUGCUCUUUUUAUAAUCAGAAACAUUUCCUACGACACAGAUUUAUCUUUUUAAGCUAUCUUGUACAUGAGGGAAAGGAUUGGCAGCCUUCUCUCAGCCAGCUCACAGGCAGUGUGCAGAACUGCCUUUUCUUUAGCUGCUAACAUCUGAAACUUUUAAAGGCAGUAUAUUUGUAAUUUGUAUAGCUCUGCAGUUCUAUUUUUAUAUGCUCUACCGCUUCUCCCAUCAUUACUUUUUUUAUUGACACAAAGGCUCUCACUGAUUUACCUGCUCAGGUGAAGAAGGUCUCUUUAAAUGAGCUGCAGGAUGCAGAACAAAUAAAUGUUCUUGUUUGUGAUACUGCAAACUAAACACAAAUGAAAACAGAAGGUUUGCAUCUGCUUUUUUGUCAUGUUUGCUGUCAGUUCGGAGACAGCCGACUUUCAUGCUAUUCGAUUCAUCAGCAUAUUUCAACAAUGUGUGCAAAUAUUGUUUUAAAAAAUGUGCCGUUGGAUUUCAUUUAUGUCUAAUAAUUUACAAUUCUAUUCUUUAAACUUUACCUAUGGAAUGCAGUUUACUGGUUCAUUUUCACCUAAUCCUUUUAGAUGAUCAUCUUUGUAUUUUAGUGAUAUCUGUGUUAAAACAAAUGAAUACUAGUGACACCAUAUUCAAUUUUCACUUUAUUUGAUCGUGAUCAUUCCCCUGAUCUCUCACCAUACUGUAAAUGCACAAGACAUAUAAAGCAAAGA